UUCGUCCCACACAACAAAGCACAAACUACUCGCAAGUUCACUAGCUAGGAGUACGCUAGAAGCAAGCUCGUUGAUACCAGCUUGCCUCGAGGUUCUUGAUCUAGCGUCAGGGGGCAGAGAUGGACCGUGUGAUGAAGAUGGCGUCAGAGCGGGGGGUGGUGAUCUUCACCUUGAACUCAUGCUGCAUGUGCCACACGGUAACCCGCCUCUUCACCGACCUCGGUGUCAAUGCUCUGGUUCAUGAGCUAGACCAUGAUCCCAAGGGCAAGGAGAUGGAGAGGGCGCUCCUCAAGCUUCUCGGGAAGGGGCCACCCGUCCCAGCAGUGUUCAUCGGUGGAAAGCUUGUCGGCGGCACCAAUAAGGUCAUGUCUCUGCACCUUGGUGGUGAGCUGGUCCCCAUGAUACGGAAUGCAGGUGCCCUAUGGCUGUAGAGGGCAUUCUACACGGUCAAUAUAGUCGGAGGGAUGGAUAUUUACCGAGCCUAACUCUGGUACCACUCGGCAAAAUAAAUAGUCCAAGAGUGUGGAAGACAAGUUUUGGUAUAUAUAGAAUAACCUCAGAGCCUAAGUAGUAUGUCGAGAUAGGUAUUUUCAAGUCCUAUUCUGACAACAAAUUUUGGAUCACCAUAUGUGGUAAGCUUACCCCAAUCUAUGUAGUAAGCUAUGUGUAGGUUGCUUUUGCGCCUCUCUUCUUACCCCAAUCUAUGUAUCCAUCUAUAUUUUACUCACCCUUUUUGCACGUGCUAUAGAGCUAUUGGAUAUGUAUAUUGAGUGUCAAUUAUUUAUUAUAUCUGUAUUUUUUUAUCACGGAACCUCGUCAAGAGCAUAAUGUGAUGAUCCCAGUGAUUCAAAUGGAAGAAAGAAUGACACGAUUUAUAAUAAAAUAAAAUGCAUGGGAUGGGAGGUCAUAAUUAAUACUUUUUUGAUAGUGUCGGUUUGGUCAUAGUUCUUUUAAAAAUGCACGUUUAGGUCUCAUUUGUGGACUAAGUUGCCCAACAUUGUUCCUUCUCCCCCGAGC